AUGGCCUCGACUCUGCCCAAGCUACCAUUGUUCGACGCUAUCUCGCGGCAUGACCCGGAUUCCACAGCUGUUACGCAUUGCCUUUCCGGCCGCAGCUUUAGAUACGGCGAACUCUUGCCAGACGUAGCUCGCGUGCGUGAGCAAAUCUAUGCGGCCGCUGGCAAGUCGGAUAUCCGGGGAGAGCGUGUAGCUUUCUUGGUAGAGAAUAGCUACGACUAUGUUGUGACGUUACUUGCCAUCCUGGCUGCUCGUGCUAUUGCAUUGCCGCUCUCACCUCCCUUCCCGAUCGCCGAACUCCAGUACAUUCUCACCCAUUCCGAAGCAGUACUGCUUUUGCACUCCCCGAGAUAUGCAGCAAAAGCACAAGAAAUUCUCAGCACUCCAUUCCCAGCUCUCUCACCAGAUGGCGCGACGCAAGCGCAUCCAAAGCUAUAUGAGCUCCCAAAACAUCUCGGGGGUACUUCUACCCCCGAAUCUGUCUCAUUGUCCGAUGAGACGGACUCUGAAGGCGCCGGCAUGAUGUUAUAUACGUCUGGCACCACUGCCCGACCAAAGGGUGUGCUUUUGCCAGAGACAGCCCUAACAGCACAAUGCCAAUCUCUCCUUUCAGCAUGGAAAUAUUCGACGCAUGACCGACUGCUGCAUGUUCUGCCGCUACACCAUAUUCACGGAACCGUCAACGCGGUAUUGACGCCACUCUUUGCUGGCAGUGCCAUCGAAUUUCUCUUUCCCUUCAAUGCCGACACUGUAUGGAGGCGCUUUGCAAACCCAUUUCUUGACAAAGUGCAGACUAAUGGCACCAACGGCACGAACGGCACGAUUACACCACCAUAUACCAAUGGUGAUGCUGCGCUAGUCGACGAUAAAUUUGCCCGCAUGUCGAAGGCGCCCAUCACAUUCUUCACUGUUGUGCCAACAGUGUAUACGCGUCUCUUAACAACACAUGGGGCUCUGCCCGAGCCACUGGCCUCGGCCGCCCGUCAAGCCAUCUCCCCACCACACAUGCGCGUCUCCAUCUCCGGCUCGGCCGCUCUCCCCACCCCCGUAAAACGGGCUUGGAAGGAGCUGUCCCAUGGCAACGUGCUUCUUGAGCGGUACGGUAUGACCGAAGUGGGUAUGGCACUUUCCUGCGGUUUGUCCUACAUUGACCGUGUAGACGGAUCCGUGGGUUGGCCUUUGCCUGGCGUCGAAGCCCGACUUGUGGACCCCGAGACAAACGUCGUCAUUGAGGAGGGAGCGGAGAAGGAUAGCGAGGGACGAGAGCGCCAGGGAGAGAUCCACCUCCGAGGCAAAAACGUAUUCAGGGAAUAUUGGCGCAACCCAGUCGCCACUGCCAAAGAGUUCGUCGAGGGAGAGGAUGGCCAAGGCCGCUGGUUCAAGACGGGAGACAUCGCUGUGCGCAGAGUGGUGCCCGACAGCGGCAAGGGCGAGAGCGGCGAGUUUGCCCAGGGUAAGAUGUACUUUAUCCUCGGACGCCAAUCGGCCGACAUCAUCAAGUCGGGCGGAGAAAAGGUCUCGGCUCUCGAGGUCGAGCGUGAGAUGCUCUCGCUACCCAAUGUGGCCGAAGCAGCCGUGCUCGCCGUACCGAGCGGGAAAUGGGGUCAAAAGGUCGGCGCCGUAAUCGUGCUCAAGCCAGAGUUCAAGGAGCAAGGUUGGAAACCCAUGGAGAUGCGCAAGGCUCUACGGGACCGUCUCGCAAACUACAAGAUCCCACAGGUCCUCCGUAUUGUGGAAAGCAUCCCCAGAAAUGCCAUGGGCAAGGUCAAUAAAAAGACGUUGGUCAAGGAUGUUUUUGUGGACGAUUUCAGCGGAGACGAAAUGUAA